CUUUUCUUUCACUCCAUCCAACAAUGCCACCGUUUGUUCGCGAGGCUGCCGUUGUCGCUGGCGGUGCGUCUGCCGAGCCGUUUGCGCUCGAGGCUGAUCGGAUGCUGUCGUCUGUGCCGUCGAAUGACCAGCGUUACUUGCCCGGCAAAGGGAUGCGACCGCGCACCGAGCCGCUCCCCGCCGCGCAGUUUGACUGGAUUGUCGGAAGCGUCCUCCUCAUCACCCCGUUCAUUGCCAUCUGGGGCAUCAUCAACGUCCCGCUCCAGACACCCACCCUCAUCUACACCGUCCUCCUCUACUUUGCCUCGGGACUCGGCAUCACCGCGGGAUACCACCGCCUCUGGUCGCACAAGGCGUACGACGCCGCGUGGCCGCUCGAGCUCUUCCUGGCGCUGUCGGGCGCCGCGGCCAUGGAGGGCUCGGGUCGCUGGUGGUGCCGCAACCACCGCGCUCACCACAAGUUCACCGACACCCCCAAGGACCCUUACAACGUCCGCCGCUCCCUCCUCUGGGCCCACAUUGGCUGGAUGCUUGUCAAGCAAAACAAGAACGAGGUCGGCUACGCUGACAUUACCGACCUCGACGAGAACAAGAUUCUCCAGUGGCAGCACCGCAACUACCCCCUCCUCGUGCUCCUCUGCGGCGUCGCCGUGCCGUGGCUGACUGCAGGUCUCCUCUGGGGCGACUGGUGGGGCGGCUACUUUUACUGCGUCAUCCUCCGCCUCGUCUUUAUCCACCACUCGACCUUCUUUGUGAACAGCCUCGCGCACUACCUCGGCAACCAGCCGUACUCGGACAUGCACACUGCCUUUGACUCGUUCAUCACUGCCGUUCUCUCGCUCGGCGAGGGCUACCACAACUACCACCACGAGUUCCCCCAGGACUACCGCAACGGCAUCAAGUGGUACCACUACGACCCCACCAAGUGGUUUAUUGUGGCCUGCUCGUACGUUGGUCUCGCCUACAACCUCAAGUUUAUUCCCAAGAACGAGAUUGACAAGGCCAAGCUGCAGAUGUCUCAGAACGCUCUUGAUGAGCACAAGGCUCUGCUCGAGUUUGGCAAGACUCUGUCCAAGGACUUGCCCGUGUUCACUCGCCAGCAAGUUCGCACCGAAGCCGCUUCUGGCCGCUCGCUUGUGAUUGUGUCCAACCGCGUGUACGAUGCAAGCAAGUUUGUUGACGUCCACCCCGGCGGUCGCCAGACACUGCUCAAGCACGUUGGCGAGGAUGUCACCCCUCUGUUCCGUGGCGACACUGGCGAGCACAUUCACUCCAAGUUUGCAAUUGCCACGCUGAAGCGCAUGCUUGUCGGCCAGGUUGCUCAAGAGUAACCACCUUCCGGCAUUCAUGAGGUUUUUUUUUUCAUUCUAUUCGUUUAGUCAACUCUCUCUCUCUCUCUCCC